UAGAAGACAGUCAGCGUCAGGUGGUUCUCUGAGAGCCCCGUGUGACAGUUCGGUCCCCCUUCAGCUUUAAACCCGGUGUGAGUGGUCAACGAUGUGGACCGGGUCGGUGUUCCCGCUCUGAAGCCUCCCUCGCUGCGCUGAUGAUGCUGAAAAUGAAGCUACCGAUGAAAACGGGCGAGGAAGGAGGCGACGACACGCCCGAGGAAGACUCACUGGACCAGCAUAUCCAGUCUGGACCAGUACCUCCCUCCUCGGGGUCAGGCAGACUACACGAGUCGCCCGGGCCGUCUGUGCAUCCAUCCCAGCUGGAUAAGGAGACCGUGUUCGAGUGGUUCGGCCUACAUCUGAACCCGGCUAAGCGGGUCGAGUUCAUGUGCGGACUGCUCCACAUGUGCCAGCCCCUGGAGCUCCGCUUUCUGGGGUCUUACCUGGAGGAUCUCGCUAGAAAAGACUUCCAUGUUUUAAGGGACUUCGAGUUUCGAGCUAAUAGUCCGAGUGAUCUGGGGUUGUUGACAGACAUAAUCGACCCAGUUGUUCGGUCCAAGCUCCUGGUGUGCUUGUCCCUCCUCGGGUCUGACAGCAGGGAAUGUGCUGGAAUACUCUUUCGGAUACUGAGCCAUGUAGACCCGGCCUUGUUCUACAAGAAGUACGACUACCCGCUUCCUCCGUUCAGGGACCCUCAUUUCCAGCCACCGUGUCAGGACGGGGAUCCGGGGUCCGAGCAGAACUGCUCCUCUACCGACCCCGCGGCGGGGCCCCUGGAGCAGCUGGCCCUGCUGUUCACCAUGGCCUCUCUACACCCAGCUUUCCAGUUCCACCAGCGGGAGAUAGUCCGAGGCCAGCUGAACAAGACGGAGCUCGCCAUGGAGGAGGAGAGACGCCAGACAGCGGAGCUGAUGUGUCACAAGACGGAUUACCUGCCUUCCCCAGCGCUGGGUUUGGGGGAAUAUAGUGCCUCCCACUCUCCCUGCCAGAGCCCACGAUCCAGCAGCUGGGCGACACAAAGAGAAGCGGUGCAUAUAGAGGGAAUUGUGCUCAGGGGCAUCUCUCAGACCAGAAUAGACAAGGAAUACAACUUUGAGGUGAAGUGGUCAGACUCUUCUUCUAGCACUGUGACCAAAACCCACCUGGAACUGGAGAACUUCCUUCUUAAGCUUCCUAAGGAUCAGUAUACUGAGUCUUUUGAGAAGAAUAUCCUGAGGCUUCUGAACCAGGGGGACCAGAAGGAGACCCGGGAGGUGGAAAGGAGCCUCAGGGAAAGGUUCCUGUCGGCUCCUCCGGUCUUCAGACAGACCAGGAAGGUCUGCAGCUUCUUCAACUGUGACUCCAGUUACUCUACAAAACCUACCUGCUGCAGAUGUAACUGCCAGCUGGGUAAGGCCUACCAGGGAGACUGCUCUGAUGCCUCCAGUCAGGAGGAAGAUUUGGAGUUGUAUGUUCAGGGACACAAGAAAAAGCAUGGGACCAAGAGUCCAUGUCAGGGUCUCUCUAGUGCCAAAGCCUCCCAGGGGGAUAUUUGGAGGGGGGGGCACGCUGCAGAGCUCAACGGCCCAGCAGAGAGGAGAAAGAGCUGUACACUGAGGAGCAGCCAGAAGGCUGAACAGCACCCGGACACCGAAAAAAGAAGCCACCCAGUCGCUCAAACAAAGAGCAGAGGCCUGCCCACAGACAGGGACAAGGGAAAGGCUGCUGCCUUCAUAGCCAACGGUAGGUUGGUACCCAUUCUGUCACCUCAGAGGAAAGAUGGAGGUUCUGGUCCAGAUACCUUUGGUGAAACAUCAUCAGAAAGCUACAGCUCUCCAUCCAGCCCUCAACACCGAGGACCAGAGAGCAUGGACAGUGAGGAUGACAACAACAAAGAUACAGACAGCCACUCUGAUGACUCCAGCAAAGGUCUGGUUCCUGAUGUGUUCUUCGCCCACCAGACUGAUCUAGCUGUUGUGGGAGAGGUCCCCUCUGUCCACCCUCUGUCUUCCAACAACCACCAGGCCCAGAUGGAGCCACUCUUCCCAGACACCAGCACAGAGUUUCCCCCUCUGUCUUUCAUGCGGUCUCUGCCCUAUGUGCUCCCCAACGGGGCCGCUGACUCUCCACUUCCACUGGUCCCCCCUCUCAGCCAAAGUAUUGUCCCCGAUGUGAAGCCCUCGUCUGGGACUCUGAUAAUGCAGAUGCCCCUAGUGCCUCCAGCUGUCCCAGGCCCUGGAAUGGUGGGAGACCAAGAGAAAAGGGACAUGCACCCAAUGUUUGGUAUUCCACCUGUUGGUCACCCUUCAGGAAGUCCUGCUGUGCAGCCUCUGGUUCAGAGGUUCAAAACAGCUCUGUCUCACAGCCAGGGUGGCACUGAUGGCGCCUCGAGGGGUGGUUCUGCUCCUACUGGCCAGCAGGCUUCACACCAGGCUCCUGUAAGAGCCAUGAGUGUUAUGUCUCCUGGCCCCACAUCCUACCCUCCUCCUCUACAGCAGUCUCUGGCCUGCCAAGACCUGGCCAGUGUUGGCCCAGGCAUGGCCUCCUCCCUGCCGCAUGUGGAGAGCCCACAUGCCAGCCCGGGCUUAACCAUACCGACUGGUUUGCCUUCCCCCUACUGCCUGCCCCCUGUUACGUCUGCUGUAGGAGCACCUGUGGCCACUGGAGUCACUCCAUCUCCUGGACACGUUCAAGCAGCUGUUCCUCCAGCUGUGCCCACCCACACCCCUGGACCUGCCCCCAGUCCUAGCCCAGCGCUCACUCACAGCACGGCACACAGCGACUGCACGUCCUACAGCAACAGCAGCGCUUCCUGUGGAAGUGCCCCUGUUGCCCCUGGCAACCCUAUUAGUUUUCAGCAACCCCAGCAACAACAGUUGCCAACACCCACACCCCCCGCACCACAGCAGCAGCCGCCAGUGGGCUGCGGGACCUGUGGUUGUCAUAACAACUGCGGCGGCCGGGCUAGUGGCAGUAACAACAGUGGAGUGGGCGGCGCCUCAGGCUGCCAGGCGCCCUUGUUCUUCCCUGCCCACCAAAUGGCAGCACCAGCACGGCAGGUGUUCAGUGUCCCGCCGCCUCUUUUCCAGCUCACAAGCCUGUGCAGUAACAGUUACCUCACCCAUUCCCAGUCUCCUCACCAGGCCAACGGCGCUGCCACCCUGUCUCCCUUCUUCCCCACCGCUCCACCUCCUGCACACCCACCUCCCUAUGGCCCCCUCCACACGCACUCUCACAGCCAUGCAGACGUGCCGUCACAGAUGCUGGGCACCCAGGCCGCGGUAGUGGCAGCCGCGGCAGCUGCAAACUACAACAUCCAGCAGCAGAUGGCACCGUCGUUCUGCCACCGUGUCUACCAGCAUGUGUACUCAAAUCCUCUGGGGAUGCUGCCUGCUGCUACACUGGGGGGAGCUGGAGUCAAUAAGAAGAACGGCAAUGUGUCCUGUUAUAACUGUGGUGUGAGCGGCCAUUACGCUCUGGACUGCAGCCAACCCUCCAUAGACUCCACACAGCAAGGUGGCUUCCGGUUAAAGUACGCAGCCUCCCACAUUUCAGAAGCACUUGACAAUGCCGACUGAAGAAGAGGAAAGGACGAAGGCGAGAUUCUCUGGUCUUUCCACAGCGAUGGUCCUCUGGUUUCUCCCUGUGGACUUCAUGUCAAAAAGAGAGGGUGACCUGCCAAGGACCUGCCAUGAAGCUGAAGUACAUGUGCCUGAGGAAAUGUGGUUCCCAUGGAGAUGAUUCACUGUCUCAUGAACACCCUUUCAGUUUCUUAUCGAUAUUUUUGCACUGAGGGUUGGAAACAAUUAACUUAUUACUUAAUUAUUAGGAUGUUCCUAGAUUUAAUUUUCUGUUUUUACAUUUAAGUGGAGAGUAAGGUUCUUACCUUUAUUUCUAAAACAGCAUAUUUAUGCUUUUUCCUCAUUAUUACUGUUCAACUAGAAUUUUUUUGUCUGACAGAAUUGUACAGCAGUUUCAGAGAUUAAAACAAGAAUCAAAAAAGUAAUGUAACAAAAUGGCUUUUAGGUUUGUUUUCAUUUUAAUAAGCUGUAAGGUUUCUGAAUGUACACCUCGUUUAAGGAACCUGACCGUGUCAAAGUGUGUUUGUCACUCGAUUGUGUUCAGUUGGAAGGUAACUGCAGCUUUGUAAUGUAUUUUUUUUCCCAUUUUAAAAUAGUUUUACUUGAAAUGCACUACAGCAAGGCAGGAACACGAGUGCACUAAAACGGUCCGCACCACAACCAAGCCUAUAAGCAUUUAUUAAUUUUUCACCAUCAGAGAGCAAAUCCAUCAUUUUGACUAUUUCAGUAUAAAUUAGUAUUUCAGGUGUGAAAAUGCUUUUUAUGGUUAAUAGUUUAGAGAGUGAGACCUCACUGUGGUGUAACUUAAAGUUCAGUUUAAGCAGGAAAUCAUUCUACCACCAUCCCAGAUGAGUACACUGACAGUAGUCAGAUCACUUCUCCCCUUUGGUCAAGAGCAAGCGGUUUUGUUUAGUCUAAAGCCAUUAUCCUGUUUGGGCACUUGUAAUCUUUUGUCGUCCUCAAGACAGGCUUUAAAACUGUUCAGCCCUGCUGGGUGGUACUAAGGCCUCAGUUUGCUUCAAACAAACUAGCACCCACCAUGUAAAGGCCUCAGUCUCUCUCCAGGAGCGUCCAGGCUAGUGUCUUGUUAGCCUGAAAAUCAUUUUUUCACUCAUUUUUAAUUCAGCAUGUUGAUCAUUUUCUGGCUGGGCGAGGGGUUACCUUGUCUCUUGAUGUCUGUUUUAUCCUAAACAGAAGCUGCAGUGGUGAUUGCCAGAACCAUUAAAGUUAACCCUUUCCACGUCAAUUGAAGAAAUACGCCAGUUUAUUUGAGUGGGGUUAAGUCCUCUUACAACAACUGCACAGCUGUGUCAGUCUCAUCCACACCUGAUGCUGCAAUUCUGUCACAUUUUUUCCUGACGGUAGCUAGGUAGCUGGUUUUUUGGAAGAUGAUGUUCCCAAGUAAGACUGUAACAUUUGCUGAAUUGUGCCCAGAAGUGACAUUUACAGGAUGUUUAAUUCUAGAGAACAAUUAUAAAGUUAGUGAAGUGACCGGGUAACUACAAACUAACAUCUAUCCAAAGGCUGCUACCAAUAGCCACCAUUUGGUCUAUACCAGACCAAGUAAGGCUGUAGCAGCAAAGUAAAAGUGUUUGUGCAUGGGUGACUUUAUUUCAUGGAUUCAGUGUUUUAUUUGGAAGAUGAAGACUGUGCUUAAAGUGACACAGAUCCACCUGUUAAACACCAGACUGUGUGGUGCCUCGACACAAAGAAGGAAAAAUGGCACACACUUUGGAAAAACAUUCUUGGUGUAGCACUUGGUUGUUGUGAGUGAUGGAAGUAGUUGUGUGAACAAUGAAAAAAGAGCUCUUGAGAAUUCAAGCUCUGCCUGCUGUCACACCUCCACAUGUAAAGUCGACUUUGGAAAGUUAAGCAAAUUGUCGGACUCUGUUUGAAGCGUACUGACGCAUUAAAGACAAGUCGUGAAGAUAUUUCUAUAGUGGGGAAAAAAAGCUCAGACAAGAUAAACACUACUUUCCUACCCUUUUGGUAUAUUAAUACUGUAAAGUUUGUUUCAUCUGGCAGCUGUAUUUGUAUGUCAGAUCACCUCUGAAAGAGUUAACUGUUCGCAGCUGGUUCCAUAUUAAGCCUAUAAGAGAGCAGGAUGUCACAGUGCGUUGAAGCUGAAACACAGAGGAGGGCAGUAAAUGACUUUUAUAUAAUAAAUAUAUCUGAAAUAUG